AUGGCGAGCGAAUGUUCCUUUUCUACGGCUAUAAAUUUACUUAGACAGGCAACAGAUAUUCUUUCGGCUUCAAGUACCAAAAUAAACUCAGAUGCCACGUCAACAGUUACUCCAAAUAACUCAAACCAAUCAUCUGAUCAGCCUAGAUUGACAAAUCGUCCGAAUAGAUGUGUUUCAAACCAAACUUCCACGCAGGUGGUACAACACAGUCAACAGCCCGUGGCUGGACCGAGCCAAUCAGCUGCAUCUAGUUAUUCAAAUGAGUUGUGUGCCAGUACUAGUAAUCGAGAACAAGCAGUUCUUUCCAAUUUCCGAAUCCUUUUUGUAACGACCGUGGUGCAGGUAAUUCGUCCUGUUUCUCGACAUUGCAAAAAGCAUCUCGCCCAUCGACAUCACGACGUACAAACCGACAUGUGCCAUAUCGUAUAAAAAAAACCAUGGACACAUGAAUUUAUUUGUUUGGGAAAUCCUGACCAAAAAGUGGUUCCGUCCAGAAAUCAAAAGUUAAACUUGCAAACUGCUGGGUUAGGCAGGAAAAAAAUCGUAUUUGGAAACAAAGAUGAUGCUUUAAAAUUUAAGAACACAAUUGAAUCUGUUUUCCCCAAGUUGGCAUCUGGUGGUGGGUUUGAAAUCCUGAGAAGCGGAUCCAACAAUUGUCUCAUUUUAAUACCUGUACCAUCUUUGGGUUAUUCUGUUCCAUACCUUCGUGAUCAUUCUGGAUUGGGUCAAGCUUUAGCCUACAUUCACCCAUUACAAGCUCGUCUGGACUUAUCACCAGCAGAAGUUGAUCAGGUAAUGCAUCAGUCAAUACUAUCCCCCCCCCGGGACAACCCCCGGGCAUUGGUAAAUUUUCAUUUUUUCGUGCAAAUGCCAGGGGGGUGGGCCACAAAAAAGAAACAAUGCCCCACCCUUGGGACGAAAAACAAAACAAAUGCCCCACCCUGGGCAGGCAAAUUAGUCAAUUUCAAAGAAUAUACUAAAUUAAUUACAUGUGUUUUAACAAUUUGUAUUUAUACCUCUGUUAAUUGUUCUUUUGGGAAUUUACAAAAAAACAAACAAGGAAAACGUGUUCAUUUCAGAUGAAAACAUCGACGAAAGACUGUGACACAUUUGCUUUUAUUGCAAAAACUUUUUCAUUGUAAAUACAAUAUAUAUAUAAUAUGGACUGAAGGAAAAUCUUAAACAUUGAUUCACACUUGAAAACCAACAUUCAACAAUAAUAUAAUAUAAAAUUUGUUUAACAUAUUUAAUAGUCGUCCAUUUUGGCAUACAACAAAGGAAACUUGUGGCUGUGGUCUUUUCUCUGUGAGCGACAAAUGCCCAGGGGACAAGUAAGCGUACAAAUGCCCCACACUGUCCCGGGGGGUGGGGGAAUGGUCGCAGCUGGAAUUGACUGAUUGGAAUGGUCGCAGCUAAAUCAAAAACAUGCCGAAGUGGCUAGGUCCAGCAAUUUUCAAGUGAUACUAAAAUGACAUUUUUAGAAUCUUGUAGGGAUAUUUAGGGUUAGUGUUAGAGUUAUUUUUGUAUAAUUAGGGUCAAAUAGGAUCUGCUAAAUUGUAUUUGAUGAUGACUUGUUAUGUGAUUGCUUUGCCCCCUUCCACUUCUACCAUGCCAUAAUUUAAAGUGGCUGAACUUUUUUUUAUUUUCUACAUCAAGCAGCAAAAACAGAUUAUAUAUUUUCAAGUUUACAAGUUGUGUGCUUUCAUGACACUGUGCAAGAAGUUGUUAUUGAAUUAAUAUGUUUUCUCAAUCUACAUGUAGGCUCCAAAAGUGAACUGCUUGCAAUGCGGGGAAGAGUUUUUACUGACAAACAUACAAAGUCAUCAUGAGUUGUGCGGUAUUCCUAAUCAAGUGGAAAUUGAAUCUGCAGAGGUACAAUUAAAAUUUGAACCUUAGUUAAGAAAAAUCUUCCAUACAUUCUCUGGUCAUGCAUGUGAUGGUCUCAUGGAAGGUUAGGAAAAUAGAAUAUGCAACCUUCUACAGUAUUACUAUGCCUAUAAGUUAACGAUUCUGUCCAAACUGACUAAAUAUAUUCAUGUACAGGUAUUGAGAAACAUGUCCCUAUUAUAUACCGUUAUAGAUUUGGAGCCUUAUUUAUUAUUACCGUAUAUGUAUGUAUGUAUGUGUGCCAUGCUCGGUGCUUCUGUUUGAAACAUGUUGAAGAUUGAAGAAUGUGUUAAGUCAGUUUUAUUAGUAUUUUUUUUCAGGGGCGCCGGAGCAGCGGGGGCAGCUGCCCCCGUUGCCUAAACAGUUUACCAAAACUGCACUUUGAACGCCAUGCGUUUUUCACAUAAAUUGAAAUUGAAAACUGUUUUUAAACAAUUUAGCUCAUACUUGAAUCUGAAUUCCUCUCAGAAACAUUACAAAUCAGUUUCAACCUAAUAUGAAAAAAAGUAAAAAAGGAAACCUUCCUAAAUAACUGAUAACUGUUAUGUUGCUUUACAAUACAUUUUAGUCUUUAGUGUCAUGCAACGAAUAAAAAUUUUCCAAUCUAUGUCGAAAUUUGUCUAACUGUAUUAGGUACAAGUAAUGAAGUAUCCAUUAUACAGCACGAGUAUUGCCCCCGCACAAAAAUUUAAGGCUCAAGAGUAAGUGCCCUUUUUACAUGGCUGCCCCCGCCGCUUCAUGUUGCUUCUGGCGCCCCUGUGUUGUUGUUGUUGUUGUUUUCUUAACUGGUUCACUCAAUAUAUGUGCUUAUUUGUAUAUUUCUCAUGUUUGUUAAUUUAAUUAUUUGUUCAGGACAGCAUUGUCGAAAUUGAAGAGGUAGGGGAUAAAGGUGCUCAGAUUAGCAAAUUUAUUAAAAUAAACUAUGUGCAAACUAUGUAAGGCUCCAUUUACAUGAGACCGGACUAAAUGGUCCUGGUUUGACUUUGUUCCGUUCUUAUGUAAAUAGGGCCCAAUGUUGAUACAUUAACCAUCAAAGGCUAAAACACUUCAUAUUAAUUAGUGUGAAGUUUCCAACUUUUUUGUGUGCGAACUAUACUGGAGUAUGUAUAUAAUUAUCCUUGUUACAUUGUCAUUUUAUACACAAAAUUUGUCUAUUUCACUAUCCUUUGAGUCCCUGAUAUUUGGCAUUGGCUCCUUUUAUAAUUUUUAACAUGAUUUGUGUUUUACAUAUAGCUAAAGUGGAAAUGUUACAGGUAAUGUUUCCCAAUAAGGAUGUUCCUGAGAUCAAUGCAAGCCUGGAGGGAUCAGGCGGAGACUUAGAGGAAGCUGUAGCAGGAUUACUUUCUCCAAAGGAAGCUACUUCUAAUGAAGGUAUAAAUAUAAAAUAACUCAGUCAUAAAUAAUUAUCACAAGUAAUUGUAAAAAAUAGGCUAUCUAAUUUCCUGGCACCAGUAAAUGACCUUGAUUGUUUGAUAUUUAUUUAUUUGUUUAUAAAUAAAUAAAUGUCAAUCCAAUAUCAAACUGGCAUGAUGUGUUAAUGAAUAUUCAUUGCCCACAAUGAGAUUGUUUUUGAAUCCAUUUCUGUAUGAAUUUAGAUUGUUUUCAUUGAGGUUGUUGUGUUACAUUAAAAUAUAUAUUGAGAUAACCUCAAAUCUGACAGAGCUUUGCAGCCCUCAUGUGUUUUAAUAUGGUAUUUUUGAGAUGGUAUCUAUCCAUAGUGCCCACCAGUAUACACCUUAUAAACAGUAGUACUUAUGUUUUGCAUAGGUCUAGCUCCAUCUAUUAAGUGUCUACUUAAUGAUUAUCAAAAUCAAAGAACAAUGGACCAUUCAGCAUUGCUAUUACAUAUUGAUAGAAAUAAUAUCUGGAAACAUGCUUUGAUAUUCUACAAAUCUAAAAGUAGUGUGGAGUUGAAAAGACCACUCUCUAUUUCAUUUGAUGGAUCAAAUGAAUGUGGUAUAGAUGCUGGUGCUUUAAAGCAAGAAUUCUUUGAGAUUUUGUUAAGAGUCAUCAACGAAGACCUGUUCGAGGGUAAGGAGACUCAACGAAUACCUGGACGUGGCUGGGAGAAGGCUAAUUUUCUGAAAAUUAUGGAAUUAUGA